UUACAGCUUUGUGUGCCAUUUCCAAGGUGUUCGAACUAGUGAUAUACAAAAAUCUGCUACAUGCAUGCCGCAGCUACCUAAGCCCGUAUCAACAUGGAUUCGUGCCAAAAAAGUCAACUACCACGAACCUGGUUGAAUUUGUAUCGGGUGAUCAACGAUGUUACCCUCGCUUUACCUCCCGACAGUAUCAGUCUGAUUGCCGACGAUGCAAAAAUUUUUGCGCCUAUUCACAACACAGGUGAUUGUAUAUUGCUGCAAGACUGCAUCGAAAUUUUCUGUUCGUGGUGCAAGCGUAAUGGACAGACUAUCUGCAUCGAGAAAUGCUACUGUGUGUCUUUUAGUCGAUGCAGGAGCCCAGUCACUGCAAUUAAUCGACAAAAUCAUGCCAAAGACCUGGGCGUUCUGCUUGACUCUAGUUUGAACUUUAAACAGCAUAUUGAUGACGUUAUAGCCAGAGGAAAUCAAUUACUUGGCGUGGUUAUCCGGACAACUAAUGAAUUCCGCAACCCCAUGUGCAUCAAAGCUGUCGACAACUGUAUCGUUCGUUCGGUUCUGGAAUAUUCGUGCGUAGUCUGGAGCCCAACUACCGCUUCUUCAAUUGCUCGACUUGAGGCGAUUCAACGUAAGCUCACGCGAUAUGCCCUACGCCUACUUCCCUGGCAGGAUCGCAAUAAUCUUCCUCCGUAUGCUGCGCGGUGCCGUCUUCUAGGCCUUGAACCUCUUUCGCUUAGAAGACGCAAUGCACAGUGUUCUUUCAUCGCUGGAUUGCUAAAUGGCUCUAUCGACUCAUCGCCUUUGUUGCAUCGAGUCGAUAUCUAUGCACCAUCCCGAACACUUAGGUCUAGAGAAACUCUACAGCUCGCUCAACCCCGUUCCAGCGCUGGUCGGUCUGACCCUAUGUUCCGCAUGUCGGCUGUCUUCAACACUGUCUCGGAUUGCUUCGACUUCGACAUCUCAACUCAGUGCUUCAAGGAACGUCUCCGGCUUUUGCCAUGGCCGCAGUGAAUUGCGCUGCAAAUCAUGCUUUGUUAUGUUUUUUUUUUAAUGAACUGUUACAUCUUAAUUAGGCCAUAGGUUGAAGAUUAAUAAAUAAAUAAUAAUAGUUGUCUCAAACAUUUCCUACGCAAUGCUUCUGGAACGACCAAUCGCUCUCUAAAUAAGAUGCAUUC